CAUGACUAGUUAAAGCCUCCAAUGUGUGAGGUCCCACUCGCGGUCUGAUUCUCACCUUUAAAGCCUACGAGGCCCCCAGGGACAGAUGUGAUGCUCUUACGAACACUAAUAAACGAUGUCUAGUCAUCAUGGUGGUGGCUACGAGCUGCACGAGUCCCACCAUAUGUCUGAAUUUGAGCCGCAGGACGAGUAUGAUCCGCACGACGCACCACAACUAGAUCAGCAGCAUAAAACCUUAUUGGCAACCACAAGACCUGCAUCAUCCGCAAGUACACAGCACCAGCGAGCUUUUCGGCAACGUAAAGCAGAAUGGAGUCCUCGUCACACCUUUCUCCGCGCUGUCGGUCUUAAGAUUGCGGCAUCCUGGGCAUAUAAGCGUGAAGAUCCGAAAACCGUUGUCAGUGGUUCUCGUUGGAUAGCAUUUCAGAGAUUGGGUGUACAUUUACUGCCCGCUGUCUUCACGCUUCUUGUGCUGUUGAUGAAUGUCAUUGGUGUUUACAAUGGCCCCGUGAUAUCCACUGGUGGCAACUUUGCGUUACAAGUUGCAUCAAAAUUCCAUGAACUGGCGAUUACAGUCUUACGGUCAUUGUCAGCGACAUCGUGAUCCAUCGUAUUACUAAGGACGGUAUUGGACUUGGUCUGUUAACAUCUUCAUUCCAGUUUGCUGGCCUAAACUUCCUUUGGUCGUCAGAGCUAUGGAGUCAUUUCUCGAAAGAGGCCGCCGCGAGGGCAAAAGUUCGAGUACUAGUCCUCUUAGUGGUUUUUUGCCUUCUUGCAAGCUUUGUCGGUCC